GGCGGGUGUGAAGAGAGCGAGGUGGAUGUUCGAUCGUUCCUUUGCUCGCAUCGCAAUUGGGAGGCUUCGUAGCUUGCGGGAGGUGCGACCCGGUUCUUGGGGUCUCUCCAUCAAAACGCCACCACCCCCCCCUCCCCCGCACCAGCCGCUUGGAACAAGCGCUCAUAUCCACAAAAGCGGAGGAGCGGUGGGAAGCCAGGCAGGCAAGGGGAGGCGGCGGCAUCAGUAAUCGAACACAACGCGAGAUCAGUAACCGCGACAUGCAUCGCGCGUCUUCUCGUGAAAUGUGCCGUACGCGUGCGCGCGCGCGGUGCACGCAGCUCCUCCGCACGAGAUUCGCUGUGUUGUGAGGUGUCGUCUGCCUGCUUGCUGCUGCUGCUGCUGCCGCUGCUGGUAUAGAGGAGGGCGGCGGGGGUUGUUCUGCCGUUCGAUAUCCGGCUGUGAGCUCCAGCGUUAGACCGUGAGCGCGGGGCUCAGGUGAAACAGAUCCCAGCAAGGCGAGUUCGCAACGCCUGUGGCCUCAAGCCACCCGAUCGACUCGAGUCGGCACAGAUGGAGCUGCGUACCUGCCACCACCAAACACAGCCAAUCAAUCGAUGAAUGAAGUUGGCACGGGGCCAAGCUUUGGUUAUGAAGAGGCCACCGAGUCCAAUGAGGAACGUAUACGGAGAUCCUGCUUGGAGCAAUGGAUUUCUCUCGCGGGACGUCCCUGCAAACCGCGCCAUCGUUCCCCCGUCAACCUCAGAAUACUGGGAUGCUACAGGGGGACCUAACAAGCCCCCAGACCCCAUGCUGUACACUGGGCACGCACUCCCGGAGAUGCAAGGGCUCUGGGCGCGUAGUGACUCUCGUCCCGUCAAGCUGGCUGGUGACCUAGCAGAUCCCGUGACCGCUCCGGCUGAAACGUGGGACACUGCCCCUCCGACCCAGCACCUCUCUGCGAGUGGCGUGGUGCCCACCUCUGGCUGCUGGAGCAACGGCGCCGAGCCAUUGCCAGCGAUGGCACAAGACGAGUUUGGGCUGCCCAUGAUUUGGGACGUCGGGCGAGACUUGCCGAGAGAGUGCCCGCAGCGUGCCGAGGCACCCGAGGAAGGGCUGCAUGGGCCCCAAGACGUCGGUGGUCACCGGGAGGCCAAGAAGUCCGGCGUUACUUUCUGUGAAAUCUGUAACAUCCAGCUCAACUCGCGAGCGCAAACUCAGAUCCACUACAACGGGAAGUCGCACCGCAAACGGAUACGGCAGCUGGCUAAAGGCUGGCUGGUCUGCACAGCCAAUGCUUGCCCGGGAGGAAUACUUCCUGCGAUGGUGAGGGGCCCGACUGGACUCCUGCAGCCCGGUCUGGAUAUCAAUCCGCUGCUGCACUUCCCUCUCCUCGCCAACCUCAACAACAAUGUGGACCCGGUGCAAAAGGCCGUCAUCACGCACACGUUUGGAGUACCCAUUUUACCUCGCCGGAAACACAGCUACUCCUGCAGCAUCUGCCAGACAAGGUUCAACUCGGAGACCCAAGCCAUUGCUCACUUCAAAGGAAACAAGCAUGCCAAGAGACUCAAAUCACUCGAGGGUGGAAUGCACAAACAGAGUAAAAGUUCUGGCAAAGAUGAAGUUAAGCGGAACGGAGCAUCUAAACCUGACUCUAUGGCCGAUAAAGGCCCCAACAAAGCGAUAAAAAAAAUACCAAAGUAUCACAUGAAAUCAAUAAAUCUCAAUGUCGGGAGAGAGACGCACGGCGAGGGGAGAACGGUAGCAGAGCUGGACUCCGCGGAUAAACCCUCCUCCCCAAGUACCGCCUUGGGUGACAACGGCAAGCUACCACAGCCAGCUCCAGCCUCUGCCUCUGGUGGAGGAGUUGGAGGAGUAGCAGCAGCAGCAGGAGGAGGAGGAGGUUUAGAAGGAGAAGGAGGUGGAAGCAGUAGCAGCAGCAUCAGCAGUGUGAACAGCGGCACAGCCACGCUGGGCACGGAGACGGAGGACGAGAAAUCGAAGCGCCUACUCUACUGCUCCCUGUGCAAGGUGGUGGUCAACUCGCAGUCACAGCUGGAUGCUCAUAACAACGGUGUCAAGCACAAGACGAUGUUUGAAGCGUGGAGUGGUGGCGGUUCCAUAAGAGCAUUUCCCAGGCCGGGCUGCAAAGUCAGCAGCCAGAAUGGCAGCGCCGCGGGUUUUGGCCUUCAAGACAAGACCUUUUACUGCGAGAUCUGCGACGUCCACGUCAAUUCGGAGACGCAGCUGAAACAGCAUAUCACGAGCAGGAGACAUAAAGACCGAUCUGCAGGCAAACCUCCAAAGCCAAAAUUUUCUCCAUAUAACAAGCAACAUCGCCACUCCGGCCCUGUCACGACAGGCAAGGUCUCCUUUCCGAGAGAGCUGCGCGGCAAGCCUCUGGCAUUCCUUCCAGCUUCCCUGGCCGCUGCGGCCGCAGCUGCCGCAGCGGCCAACCCGCUGGGCCUGGCUCCCGGGCCGCCCAGCUCGUCCGCUCCAUCAAUCUUCACGUCGUCCACGCUCGGAGUGGGCCAGCCGUCAGCCAUGCUGAGGCCUUCUCCGGGACCCAUGCGGCAAGCGCACGGCUCUUUUCUCUUCGCACCUUACUGAGGCAUUCCACGCGGGAGUCCGUGGACCAAUGUUUUCGCGUGCCGUGUGUGUUCGCUGUGUGCACUGUGUGUCCCUACUGCUGCUGCUAGUCACAUGACACCACCCAUCGCUUGUGCGCCGUGCCAAACUUCAUAAGUGCUUGCUGACGGUACUAGCUAAAAAACGGCAUAUUAGAGCUACGAGGGUGGGGGGGGUCUUUGUCCUGCUUCUUAUUCUAGUCAACAACACAAAAUUAUAACACGUAAAAGCAAUACUCCAUUUGUGUGUCCUCACGUGAAUACAAAUGUGUUUUAGCCCAACAUCCUACUGGCUUUGCAGAACACUAUUAUCCAGCAGCAUUUGUUCCAGCAAGCAAACUCUGGAUCGUUAUCGACAUUCUGGGUCUCAUCAGCAGAACGCCUCACCAACAGAAGGUUGAAACCAGCCCAGAGUGUUCGUCCUCAAACAAUUACUGCUGGACAUCGGUCUGGAAAGCCAAUAGACUAAAACAUUUAUCAGUUUUUUAUUUAUUUGUGGAGAUACAUCAUGGAGUUCUGUUUUUACACGAUUGUAUCAUUGAUGCUCCACACAAAUGCUUAAUGAGUUUGCAUACAAAACAAAAGUCUCUUAGAAUUAAACAUAUGGCAGCAUAUUGCAUUCCAAUGGCCAUGCUUCUAUUAUAUAAUUGUUGGCAUAUUCUGAAUUUAGCAUUAAUUUUAUAAUGCGCAGCAAAUGCCUGGUUCGUGCGCACAUAUAAUAUCGCAAUUUGAUUGUUGUCUAAGAUUUACCACGAGGUAAUAUUUUGUUUAUGCGUAAGGGCAUCAUGCUGCGUAUGACACACUCGUGACAUUUGUACGAUGCGAAUUAUCGACGGUGUUUUGUUAUUCCCCAUCUGCGCAACAUUUCACAGUGCUUCGUAAUUUCAGAGCUUGCUCUGUGUCUGAACACAUUGCCAGCAAAAAAGAGACCCAUUCGGUCUUUAUGGACAUGCCUAUUGUGCGGUGUCUACACGAAAACACGAUCCAACUUUUAAAAUAACGUCUCACUUUAAAAAAAAAAGGACAAACAUAAAUUAAAGGACGUGACGUUGAAUUGAACCAUCCGCCUCUACCUUUUUUUUUCACCCGGCAACAUUUAUCCUGCUCGCUCGUCUUCUCGAGAUGCACGUCUGUGGCAUUUGUAAAAAAAAAAAGACGUCAAUGGCACGGUUGUUAUUCCACUACGGUUGGUUUUGAAAUCGCUGUCUGAGCUGGUUUGCAUCUGACCUUCGUGACCUUGGGGAACAAAGCGUUGGCUCCUUCUGUUCACUCAGCUACAGCUGGUUCGUCGUAAUGGUGGGGCAAAAAAAAAUAUCGCAGUGUUUCACUGGGGACUUUGUAGAGCCAAUUUUUCUCUGCGUCCUUGUUAAGCGCAGCUCCUCUGCUGCUGCACAGACGGAAAUUCAAACCCGCAGAUGCGUGUAUGAAAGUAAAUCUAUUUGCAUACAGUACCUCUUAACUUGUGCCACCUUUGUGAAGAUACCAGGAGCUAAAAAUCUCAUUAGUGUCGGUGAAUUCCUUUCAGAGACCACAAGGGCUUUAAUUAGUAAAUGGAUCAUGCCGCGAUUAAUGAUCGUGAACUUGGAAUUAGGACUGAGGAGUGAGUGCAUAUGGUUGGAGAGAAAGAAUCAUAUAAUUUUAAUAAAGCGUAAAUGUGGAACGUUGAGCCAUUUAACUUUUAUUGGUUUAAUUUAUUAAUGUACGGUAUGAUAUUUACAGUAUGGUAUUUACAGUAUGGAAUGAACCACUGGUGGACAGAGAAUACAAAUGAUAAAAAACCCACUAAAUUUAGCUGACAUCUAAUAGCUAAUAACUUGAUCAUCCAGUAUAUUUACUUAGAUGGUGUUAUGGUCUGUUAUAAGUGAUGGGGUUUAUAUGGUAUUUGCUUACUUGUAAAGUCCACCUUUGGAAACAGGCUCGGGAGAGUUGCAAUGAUUAACACCUUGUACAUUACCCUGAAACCCGAUUAUACGUAAGGCUGUGUAAAUGUAAACAGAAAUGAUUAACAACAAAAAUUUAGUUUUAAAGCGCAAGUUUUAAUUGCUUUCACACUUUGCUACACAGAUGUCCAUAAUGCAGUAUCCAUGAUUGUGUAAAUUGUGUCCCACAUGGAUGUUUGAUUAUAUACACGAGCACCUGUUCAUUGUAGACAGUUAUAAAUGCAACGUGUUCUGAUGAAAUUUAUUGAGACCCUGUAACUUAGCAAUGAUGGUUUAUUAAAUAUGCAGAGUUUCGGUUGGCCCGGUAACUCAGACGUGAGAACAACAAUGAGCUGGCACCGCUGAGGGCCUGGGUUUAAAGGCCUUUGGUUAGACCGGGUCCUCAAGUCUAAUGAGUUAACGGUCUCUGCCCGGUCACCAAUUACUCCCCCACCAAAAAAAAAGAUCACAUCAAAUGUGGUUGCUGCAGUCAAUUCGGCUUAAAUUCCAGCUCAGAGAAUGAAAAUAUCAGAUUGAAUGUCAUUCUCAAACCACACUCUCACAUGCAAAGCAAGUGGAAAGCGCUGCCCUCUACUGUGUGUGGAUCAGAGGUCCACGGAACUGAUCUUGUCAGGUGUUUUGCUGUGAUAUCCCACUGGUGUGGGCUGUUGUCCGACAGGAAGGGUUGCACUGCUGUGUGUGAGACCCCAAAGGUUACUUCGUCACAUGACGUGACGCCGAUGGCACAAAGGGGAUAACAUUGGGGAGGGGGGAGGGGGGCAGGGGACAUUUAAUAAAAAAGAACAUCCACAGUUCAUCUCAGUGAUGUUUCAUUAUUAUUAAAUCGUCUUGUUCUACUUUCAUGCAAAUUUGGUGUGCAAAGUACGAUAUUUAUCUUGUGAAUGUGUGAAAUGUAUGGACCCUAAAUACCUAAUCUAGAAAGAAUAUAGCAAUCAUAAUUGCAAGGACAUACACAUUCUUAUGCUUGGCAUAAGUUAAAUAUUUGCAAAUAAUGUUAUAAAUGAAAUGAUACGCUUAUCUACGUAAAGAUAUUCACGAUUUUAUUUUUAUUUUAUUUUUUAAUAAGCAAACUAAGAAAAACGUCGGUCAACAUCUUGGCUGUAGAAUCCUAACGGAGAGAUAUUUAACCAAUGGUACACUUAUUAAAAUUUACAAAUGCUUUCAACAAGAAAACAUACAAUAGGUUGUACCUUAAGUUGUGUAGAUACCACUACUUUUUUCAUUAGAACGUAUAUUUAUAUGCCUGAUUUGCCUUUUAAUCUUACAAAAUUAAAAAUAGUUUUUUAUUAAUUUGUCCACAAGUGUUUGUUUUGGGCUUCUUUUUUGCAGGUGCAAAAGAUCAUGGAACUAUUGUGACAAUUAUGUAAAUUAUAUUUUGUAUUUGUGUUAUAUUUAAUAUUGUAUUUUAAAACGAUGUGAAUAAUAAUAAAUGCAACUGGCUUUACAACAGACACAAAUGUACACACAUGGCCAGGGUCAGGUCUCGCAAAUGCUGUGGCAUUGUAAAGACAAAAAUCAGCUCGUAAACGACCGUGCAUUGCUAAUGACAUGUUUCAUGUCUUGUUCAUGUGUAUUCAAAGCAUAAAAAGCAAUAAAUGUUAUAAAUUUGUGUAUAUACUUUCUACGAGAAGAAAAAGUCAAUUAUAUUUCACAAAGAUGUCGCUAUAUAUAUUCCUCUGAGCAACACGCAUAACCACUAAUAAUUUUGAAUUGAAAACAAAAUGAAGAGUUUUAUAACAUCGCCCACGGAGAUACAGCGGUCCUUUGCUUAUACAACAAAUGGCUGCACGGGACCAAAUGUGGAUUUAUAUAUAAAGUAAAUAUAUAUAAUGUUUCGAAUCGCAUCAUAUACACAAUACGAUUGUGCAUUAGGUAAGUAGAACACAUCUCUUGGUGCAAGUGUUUUGCUGCUUUUGUGGAUGUUUUUUUUCAUUGUCUACUUGUCCUGAAACGAGGCAGAAACCAUCGUCAAUUUGAUGGAUUUCAACUUAGUUUAGCGCACAAAUAAGAACAAUAUAUUGUAUGUGAGCACUAUAAGUUAUAAGUUGUGCUUUGCAAUGAUAAAAACAGUGGGGUUUUUUUCUUCAAAAAGCUAUCUUCAGUUGCAUCUUUGUCAAUCAUACAACCGUGCAUCAACUUAAAGUGCUGUACAAAAAACGAAUAUGGUGUAAUUGAAAAGCCAGUGUAAUGGUUGUACAUGUUGUACAUUGCUUAAUGUGUUAGGAGCAUUAUUUUUAUUAGUGAAUGGACCACUGCAUUGUUGAAAUAGUGGAACUGAAGUUUAAUAAAGAUGUGAUUGUGCGACAAA